AUUUUCCAGAAUUAAAGUCGCAGAGGCCGCGGGAGUGGAAGAGGGAAGAAGGUUGAAGGUUGAAGGUUGAAGGUUGAAGGUGGGUGCCAUGUCGGCGGAGGAUUUGGAGAACGGGGAGUUUUACUUGAGAUAUUAUGUGGGGCACAAAGGGAAAUUUGGACACGAAUUCUUGGAGUUCGAAUUCCGACCCGAUGGCAAGCUUCGCUAUGCUAACAACUCCAACUACAAGAACGACACCAUGAUUCGCAAGGAAGUCUACCUCACCCCGGCCGUCCUUCGGGAAUGCCGUCGAAUCAUCUCCGACAGCGAGAUUAUGAAGGAAGACGAUAAUAAUUGGCCAGAACCUGAUCGGGUUGGACGACAGGAGCUUGAGAUUGUGAUGGGAAAUGAGCAUAUCUCCUUCACUACAUCUAAGAUCGGAUCUCUUGUUGAUGUGCAGAGCAGCAAGGAUCCUGAAGGAUUGCGGAUAUUCUAUUAUCUUGUUCAGGAUCUGAAAUGCUUUGUAUUUUCUCUCAUUUCACUCCACUUCAAGAUCAAGCCAAUUUAAAGACGGGCCAGAUUUCCUGCGGUGCAAUUUGAGGAACGUGUACUUCUCCAAACUGUGAAAUCUUUUUUGGGUUUUGAGAAUUCUUUACCGUAUAACAGUGUUUGGGUGGUGUUGAAUGGUUUGAUUUUCUGAAUGAAUAUGCAAAAUUGGAGAUUUGGAAUUUGUAUUGUUUUUAGAGUUUCAUUUUCAGGAAUUCAUAUUGAUCUUGCUGUUGUUGAGGAUGUAUCUGUCAUAAUUUGUUUUUA